UACACGACCCAAGCAGCAGCAGCACGCACACGGCACACCUACUCCCGCUUCACAUCGCCAGGUGUUCGACCGAGGCCACCACCGGCAAUGCCGAGCUCUGGCGACGCGGCGGGCAGGCGGCCGCAUGUGGUGCUCAUCCCGAGCGCCGGCAUGGGCCACCUCGUCCCCUUCGGCCGCCUCGCCGUGGCGCUCUCCUCCGGCCACGGCUGCGACGUCUCCCUCGUCACGGUGCUCCCCACGGUGUCCACCGCGGAGUCGAAGCACCUCGACGCGCUGUUCGACGCGUUCCCGGCGGUGCGGCGGCUCGACUUCGAGCUCGCGCCGUUCGACGCGUCGGAGUUCCCCAGCGCCGACCCGUUCUUCCUCCGGUUCGAGGCCAUGCGGCGGUCGGCGCCGCUGCUCGGCCCGCUCCUCACCGGCGCCGGCGCAUCGGCGCUCGCCACGGACAUCGCGCUGACAUCCGUCGUCAUACCCGUGGCGAAGGAGCAGGGCCUCCCGUGCCACAUCCUCUUCACCGCCUCCGCCGCGAUGCUCUCCCUCUGCGCCUACUUCCCCACAUACCUCGACGCCAACGCUGGCGACGGCGGCGGCGUCGGCGACGUCGACAUCCCCGGCGUGUACCGCAUCCCCAAGGCCUCCAUCCCGCAGGCGCUGCACGAUCCCAACCACCUCUUCACCCGCCAGUUCGUCGCCAACGGCCGGAGCCUCACGAGCGCCGCCGGCAUCCUCGUCAACACGUUCGACGCCUUGGAGCCGGAGGCCGUCGCGGCCCUGCAGCAGGGCAAGGUCGCCUCCGGCUUCCCGCCGGUGUUCGCCGUGGGGCCACUUCUCCCGGCGAGCAACCAGGCAAAAGAUCCGCAGGCAAACUACAUGGAGUGGCUCGACGCGCAGCCGGCGCGGUCGGUGGUGUACGUGAGCUUCGGCAGCCGCAAGGCCAUCUCAGGGGAGCAGCUCAGGGAGCUCGCCGCCGGGCUGGAGACCAGCGGCCACAGGUUCCUGUGGGUGGUGAAGAGCACCGUCGUGGACAGGGACGACGCCGCCGAGCUCGGCGAGCUGCUCGGCGAGGGGUUCUUGAAGCGGGUGGAGAAGCGAGGCCUCGUCACCAAGGCAUGGGUGGAUCAGGAAGAGGUCCUGAAGCACGAGUCCGUGGCGCUGUUCGUGAGCCACUGCGGCUGGAACUCGGUGACGGAGGCGGCGGCGAGCGGCGUCCCGGUGCUGGCGCUGCCGAGGUUCGGCGACCAGCGGGUGAACUCCGGCGUGGUGGCGCGCGCCGGGCUCGGCGUGUGGGCGGACACCUGGAGCUGGGAGGGGGAAGCCGGGGUGAUCGGCGCAGAGGAGAUAUCGGAGAAGGUGAAGGCGGCGAUGGCGGACGAGGCGUUGCGUAGGAAGGCGGCGAGCCUCGCCAAGGCCGCCGCGAAGGCCGUCGCCGGCGGUGGAUCGAGCCACCGUUGUCUGGUCGAGUUCGCGCGGCUGUGCCAAGGGGGAACAUGUCGCACUAAUUGAGUACUGAGACAUGGGUUCUAAUUUAAAUAAUUCGGAUGGAAUCCUUGUUACAGAUUUUAAAUUGGAAUAAGAAAUGAAGCCAUAUGAAAUUUGGAAGAAUUUUAAAUUUAA